AUGUCCAUACAAGCUUUUAUCUUCUGCGGUAAAGGUUCUAGCUUGGCUCCCUUCACGCAGCCAGAUUUUCCGUUUCAAACGCAGAUCAAAGAUAGCACAACUGCCACAAACGGUGAUAAGCUCAAUGAUUUGGUCAAUAAUGCAUUAGAUACGACAGUCAUAAAUGAGUUCAUGCAGCACUCCACACGGUUACCAAAGGCUCUUUUGCCCAUCGGUAAUAGGCCCAUGAUAGAAUACGUUUUGGAUUGGUGUGACCAAGCAGAUUUCAAAGAGAUCAAUGUGGUCGCACCCGUUGACGAAAUUGAAUUAAUUGAAAGUGGGCUGACCUCGUUUCUGUCCCUAAGAAAGCAACAGUUUCAGCUAAUUUAUAAGGCUUUAUCGAAUUCGAAUCACAGUCAUCACUUGCAGGAUCCUAAAAAAAUUAAUUUCAUCCCUUCCAAAGCCAAUUCUACAGGUGAGUCAUUACAAAAGGAGCUAUUGCCUAGAAUCCAUGGCGAUUUUGUACUUUUGCCCUGUGACUUCGUCACUGAUAUACCUCCACAAGUCUUGGUCGAUCAAUUCAGGAAUAGGGAUGACAAUAAUCUAGCAAUGACUAUCUACUAUAAAAAUUCUUUGGAAAGCAGCAUCGAUAAAAAGCAACAGCAAAAGCAGAAGCAGCAGCAAUUUUUCACCGUAUAUUCAGAAAAUGAGGACUCGGAGAAACAGCCAAUAUUGUUGGACGUCUACUCUCAAAGGGACGUCACAAAGACCAAAUAUCUACAGAUCAGAUCUCAUUUAUUAUGGAAUUAUCCAAACUUAACCGUAUCCACUAAAUUGCUGAAUUCUUUCAUUUACUUUUGCUCUUUUGAAAUUUGUCAAUUGUUGAAGUUGAGCCCUCAAUCAAUGUCAAGACAAGCUUCGUUUAAAGAUCCUUUUACUGGAAGUCAGCAACAACACAAUCCCCCAACAACUGAUGAUGAUGAAGACCGCAAUCAUGAUGAAGACGAUGAUUAUAAGCCUCCAGUCGCAUGUAUCCAGCCCACUUACUUUAGGAAAAAGAACGACCUCAUUUUGGACCCAAUAAACUGUAAUAAAUCACUAAGUAAAGUCUUUAGAGAUUUAUCUCGUCGUUCAUGGCAACAUUCUAAACCCAGGGAACCAAUAGGUAUUUUCAUUCUGCCAAAUGAAACAUUGUUCAUCAGAGCUAAUAAUUUGAAUGCUUACAUGGACGCCAACAGAUUUGUGUUGAAGAUAAAAUCUCAAACAAUGUUCACGAAGAAUAUACAAAUUCAAUCCAACGCUAUUGGUGCUGAUGCUAUCGUAGACCCUAAAUGCCAGAUCUCAACCCACAGUAAUGUCAAGAUGUCUGUUGUCAGUGCUCAGGCUAAUAUCGGUUCUAGAUGUCGUGUUGCAGGGUCUCUUUUGUUUCCUGGAGUUCAUCUGGGUGACGAAGUAAUUUUGGAAAAUUGUAUCAUUGGACCCAUGGCAAAAAUCGGUUCUAAAUGUAAACUCACCAAUUGUUAUAUUGAAGGUCAUUAUGUUGUGGAGUCUAAAAAUAACUUUAAAGGUGAGACUUUAGCCAAUGUUUAUUUGGAUGAAGAUGAAGAUGACGAGUUAGUAUAUGAUGAUAGUGUCAUCGCUGGCGGAAGUGAAACCGCAGAGGAAUCUAACAGUGAUGAGAGAAGCGAUGAUGACUCUGAUAGUGAAUUUACCGAUGAGUAUGAAUACGAAGAUGAUGGGUUAUUUGAACGUUGA